AUUGAAAACACAGACGCAAAUAUUUUAUCGUCUCUCGCGUUUCCUAUAACCAAUUUAUGCCGCUGGGCGCAAUACCACAGAAUCCUCGCGACUAGCACACACACACAUGUGCAAGCUCCCGGCGGGCAGGGUAAGGCUUCACUCGCGCCUUAAUCUUUCGGCGGCAGAAGAACAAUCUUCGACCCUUUUCUUUAGGUCAAUCGAACCAGAUAAUUGCAUCUCUCAGAUCAACCGAUGUCGCACCCUCACCGCCCUCAAGUCCGUUCACGCCUCCAUGCUUCGAUGCCACCUUCACCUCAACCUCUUCUUUUCCACCAACCUUCUCUCCCACUAUGCCUCUCUCGGUUCCAUUACCCACGCCCAUGCCGUUUUUUGUACCUCCUCCUCUUCCGACCCUUUCCUGUGGAAUGCCAUGAUCCAAGCUUUCUCCGAUAACGCCCAUUACGACCGUUGCCUCUCCCUUUAUCGCCGGAUGCGGGAUUCGGGCGUCCCACCUGAUAAUUUCACUUUUCCGUUCGUUCUAAAGGCGUGCAGUUUUUUUCGAGCUUUUCCUUUCGGGAUUCAGGUCCAUGGGGAUGUGGUCUCUUUUGGGUGUGAAUCCAAUGGUUUUGUUUGCAACUCCCUCGUAGCUAUGUACGGUAAGUGCGAGCGGAUGGAGAUGGCCCGGCAGCUGUUCGACGAAAUGCCUGAGAGAAAUGUAGUCUCAUGGAGCUCAAUCAUGGGCGCGUGCGCACAAAACGGGUAUUUCGAGGAUGGGCUGUUUCUGUUCUCGCGGAUGUUGGAUGAGAAGCUCAGACCCAGCAGGGUUGCCGUCUUGUCUGCAAUGGCUUGUGUGGGUAAAGAAAAUCAGGCCGAUCACAUCUGUGGAGUUGUAAGAGGCCACGGGCUUGAUUCGGAUCAAUCUGUCCAAAAUGCAGCCAUGCGGAUGUACACCCGGUGCGGAAGAAUUGAUGUGGCUCGAAGACUUUUUGAUGAGAUACCUAUUAAGGAUUUGAUGUCUUGGACCUCCAUGAUUGAAGCUUAUGCGCAAGCCGCUCUGCCCUGGGAAGCCUUGGAGCUCUUCGAGCAGAUGAGGUUGCAAGGAAUUGUCCCUGAUUCUGUGACUCUUCUAAGCGUGAUCCGUGCUUGCUCAAGUUUAGCAUCUUACCUGCAGGCACGUCUCAUUCAUGGUUAUGUAACUCGGUGCUUUUCAAAAAAUCGAAUUGCACUUGAAACUGCCAUAAUUGAUCUUUAUGUCAAAUGUGGAAGCUUAGAAUAUGCUAGGAAAGUUUUUGAUUUAAUGCAUACAAAAAAUUUAAUCUCAUGGAGCACCAUAAUUUCAGGGUACGGGAUGCACGGCUGUGGGAGAGAAGCCCUCCUUCUCUUUGACCAGAUGAAAGCUUCAAUAAAGCCAGACCACAUCACAUUUGUGUCAGUAUUGUCAGCCUGCAGUCAUAGUGGGUUAAUAUCCGAAGGGUGGACCUGCUUCAACUCCAUGAGUAGAGAUUUUGAGCUCACGCCCAGACCUGAACAUUAUGCAUGCAUGGUUGAUCUCUUAGGCAGAGCCGGGAAACUGAUGGAAGCUCAAGCCUUUAUUGAGAGAAUGCCAAUAGCACCUGACAUCGGAGUCUGGGGAGCACUACUUGGAGCAUGUAGAGUUCAUUUAAACGUGGAACUUGCUGAAAUGGCUGCAAAAUCCUUAAUCAGUUUAGAUGCACAUAAUCCUGGUCGAUACGUUCUUUUGUCCAACAUUUAUGCAUCAUCAGGCAAAAGAAAGGAAGCAAACUGGAUAAGAAUACUAAUGAAAUGCAGAGGGGUGAGGAAAACUGCUGGCCACACUAUCAUAGAGAUUAAGAACAAGCUCUAUACAUUUGUCGCAGGUGAGAAGUCAAACCCUCAGGCAGAUUUAAUCCAUAUGGAGUUGGAGAAAAUGAUGGAUAGGAUACAACAAGAUGGGCAUGUGCCAGAUUUGAACUUUGUAUUGCAUGAUGUAGAGUAGGAGGUAAAGGAGAAAAUGUUGUGUGCCCAUAGGGAGAAGCUAGGCUAUUCUUUUUGGGCUUUUAAAUUCUGGCCGGAGUGUGUGAUUCAAAUAAGGAAUGGAGUGGGAUAAGAAAAAUGGAAUGGAUGGUGGAAUGGAAUGACAAUUCACAUUCCACUAUUUGGUGACAA